UAACAUAGGCCAGUUCAAUACCAGCUGUUAGAAACUAACUUCCUUCAUUCUGGAGUAUACAUUUGUUUGCUUUUGGCGUGGGUUUGUUUGUUUGUUUGUUUUAUUUUAAUUGUAUUACAACAUCAUAAAUUGUAAUUGUUACAGUAAAGGUGCGAUACAUUUUAACAGAGUUGCAUAGGCGAUACUGAUGGGCUGCUGUAUAAAGUCACCAUUUAAAGAAAUCUGAAAACAGAAAAGACUGGGGACAAGACAUCAGUAGUCGGAGGUUUGGAAACAAGCAGCUGUGAUGUGAAUGGGGUCUUGACAUCGCCCCCCCCCCCCCCCCCCUCUCCAGACCCUACUGUCCAGGUGUCAAGGACUAUUGCAGCUGUCUCAUUCACUGUGCCUGGACAUUGCUACCCACCAGGGUCAGCGACAAAAACCAGAGGAAGUGCCUUCUGACAGCAGCCUUGGUCAUGCCUCAGCCAGGCACCAAUGGGAUGGAACCCGUGUUUGGAGACGCCUAUGGAAUAUGUAGACGGCACGCCACCGUUGACCAAUCUGCAACUUCCCUGUCAGGCUGCAGGACAGAGCUGGACAUGUGUGACCAGCUGGAGUUCACCCACAGCUCUCGGGGGGUUGUGCUGAUGUUGGGGUACUCAGGGGCACCCCCGAAGGGCCCGUUCGAGCUGCUGAGCGACCUGGUGGACGAUGGCUUUGGGGAGGAGCAGUGCUCUGAGCGUUGGGAUGUGUCUGCAUUGGAGGACAUUGCUUACACAAAAGGGGGCCUGGAGGGGGAGCUAGGGAGUGGAGAGGGAGUCAUGGGGUGCCGGGGGAUGUCCCACAAACCAGAUAAAACUGCAGACGGGUUGCUGGACAACCCCGUUGAGAGAGGGUGUGACACAGAGAUGGAGUUUGGGAGCCUGCAGGAAGGAGAUGGGUCCCAAGAGACAGGGUCUCAGAGCAGGAGCUGGAAAGCUAGCCCACAUGAGUCAAAGCAGGUGGAAAAACCAAAGGCCCCAAUCCUGAAGUCACAGCGGGACCACCAAGAAGAGCCAGGCAGCCAGACACAGGAGGCUAACUGGGACAGUGAGGCAGGACAGGGGGCCGAGGCCAGCUCUCUAACCUCACCACCCUGCACGGCCAUGGUCUCGGAAGCAGCCCUGGAGCUCACCAGUGAGGAGCACAACUACUCCAUGCAGGCAGGGCCAGACUCUGCUUCCAGUGAGGGGUCUGACAGCAAGAUUGGAGCCUCUGAUGAGGAAGAGGAGGAGGAUCUGGAGUUUGAGGUGCAGGAUGAGGAGAGAGAAGAGUCCAGCUCCUCCGAGGCUGAGUCAGGCUCAGAGCUGGAGGAUCAUCCUGCUGGGAGGACAGAGAAACACAGGUGUUUCUGGGAGUACAGCCACGGGUGCGAGUCCGCUAGCAAAAGAAAGCGCAGCGAGUCAUCGUCGAGCUGGAGCUCUCAUACACUCCCCAGCAACCUCUACCAAAGAGAGAGUGCCUCGGCUGCAGGCAGUAAUGGGUCGAGGAAAGCUCGGCGGACUGAUGCCAGCGACCUGACCCCCAACCCACGCAAACUGCUGAGCAUCGGGGAGCAGCUGCGCAAGCUGAACCGAGCCAUCGAGGGUAUGAGACCUGCCAACGACCUGCCUGUCACUGCCAGGGCCCGCUCCAGGAAAGAGAAAAACAAGCUGGCCUCCAGGGCUUGUCGACUCAAAAAGAAAGCGCAGCAUGAAGCCAACAAGAUCAAGCUGUGGGGGCUGAACCAUGAGCAUGACAGCCUGCUGGAUAUGCUACUGCAGAUCAAGGAGGUCAUCAGGAGGAGAGUGGAGAGCAGGAGUGAGCCGUACCAAAAAGGAAUGAAUGAAAAACUGGAGUGCCUUAUGAAAGAACUGAGUGGGCCGGAAGUGGCAGGAUGCUCCAAAGAGUUUGUUCAGAGAGUGCUGGAGAGCACGGCGAGGGGGGAGCCAUUGGGUGGGAGGGGCGGGGGGUGGUUGGUGAAGGGACAGGGGGUCCCCACUGCUGGCUCAAAAGUCUGA